AUGUUCCGGUCUCUGCAUUUGAACUUUUCCCUCCCGCUCUCUGUUCCCCUGCCGCGCGCCACUCGGUGGCGCCGGCUAUCCCCGGUGGAGCACUUGGGCGGGGCCGUCGCACGCCUGUCUGCGUCUCCCUCCUCUGCUGCCGCCGAGGCCGUCCCACGGCCGUGGUCAGGGCUUACGAAUUGGAGGGAGAGCCCCAUCAACGAAAACUUGAUAUGGGGGCCCGAUGGUCCCCAAAAAUCCUCCACAGCUCCUCCACUGUGGGGCGUUGGGGGGGAAGACCCAGAUGUGGAUGUCGUCUCUUCGUUGGCGGGGUUUGCGGCGCUUGUGCUCCGCACCUCCGAUCCACUAGAGAAGGUCAGGAUUUCUCAUCUUGCGUUUGGGCGGUGGCUCGGUGGGGAUCUUCCGGUAGGCGAGUUCCGGGCGCCAGAUCGUCCAGCCCGACCGAUGAAGCCGGUCUUGGUAUGCUUUCCCCCGUUUUCUUGGUUGGGAAAAUUCGUCGAUCAGUUUAGUGGCCUUCUCUCGCUGCGAGGAUCCAGUUUUAUGUACUGUUUGUACUGUUUGGGGGGGGAGCGAGUUUCAGGUCUCGAUGAGGGAUGUGCCAGCGCCGAAGAACUCGGGUCUGCCGCUCAAUGCGUACAUGAUUCACAACUUGGCGCACGUAGAGCUGAAUGCUGUGGACCUCGCCUGGGAUACAGUAGUUCGUUUCUCUCCACAGCGAGACGUGCUCGGAGAUCAGUUUUUCUCUGAUUUCGCGCAUGUUGCUGAUGAGGAAUGUCGGCAUUUCUCUUGGUGCUCCCAGAGGCUGGCUGAACUGGGCUUCAGGUACCGAUUAGUCGUUUCGCCACAGGGCAUCCUUUCAUGAACUUGCAUUUCUUGCUCUCAAGAAGCAUUGCCGCAUUUAUUUUACGUUUCUUAAGGAUCAUCCGUGUCUUCUCAUUACAAAGAAUUAUGCGAUUCCCUUUCCUCCGUCUCGCGGAAAGCUCUUGCCUGUUUAUCACUUGAGCCGAGCUCUGAUGGAAAAUCUUCUCUUUGCUUGAACAGCACAUAUCUUGGAUUCCCAUGCCCUGGGAUGAAAUUGAAAAUGAAAAUUUAGGCCACUCAUUUCAUUGGAUGAUGGCAAAGUUUUUUAGGAACAUGCGUAUAUUUUUAUGCAUAUAAUUUCUCUGUUAAGGCAAUACAAAGAGAUUUCACUGUAAUGCAUAUCGCUGAAUUCUAUUACCAAUAAUAAGUAAUGCUUAUAAGAUGAUCGAUAUUCACAGUUACAAGCAACAUUUCGACUCAAUGAGGAAACAUAAGAACAUGGAGGCGACGACCUACUGAUGCUAGAACCUUGUUAGAAUCAUGUUAUCUAUCAUAGAUUAGAACCUUUAUACGAAGUUUGUGGUUUCCUCAUCUGUCGAAAUCUUGUUCUUGAGAUUGACAAAUUCAUGUGUAUUUUUUCCGGGUCGUCAUAUUGGGUUCUUCUUUCUUGUCAGUCAGUCUCUAAGAACUUUAUCUUGCCUUCCUCCUUGCUAAAUGUCUUUGAACUUGAUGUUAGCAUCAUUACAAAGAGGACCAGUGCCUUCCUUGAAAUGCACUUUGAAAUUCAGACUCAGGAUUGUCAUCAGGGCAUUCUAUUAUUGAUGCAGCGUUGGAGGAUUUGGAUCUGUCGUGGAGACUUCAUAAGAUUGACUAGUAUUAAAUAUUUUUUCUUGUAAAUAAUUUUAAUUUUUUUUAUCGUAGACACUGUCACUUGAUAUGACUCCUACUGUAACAUAGCUCGAAAACAAUCCCUGCCUCCUGCUCACUUCAUAGUGUAUUAUUACAGAAAUUAUUAUCUGCUUACAGAGAACAUUCUGAUCUGGUGACACGAUUUUUCUAUCUAAUAUCGUGAGUUGUCUUCAUUUAUUACCAUCAGAUUGAUAAUUUCCUUCAUAUAAAUUCUAACCGUCCGAAAACUGGGGUUCCCCCUUGGCGCCCCAUUUGUAGGUACGGGGAUAUGCCUGCGCAUGACCUUCUGUGGAGCGAAUGUGAGAGGUCAUCUCAUAACGUUGGUUCUCGUUUGGCAGUGAUUCCCCUUGUCCAGGUAGUUCCGUCUUUCAAUUUCCAACAUCUAUAGCUUUCCCCUGAAGGGAAAUGAAGGGCGGGUUCAAAGAAUUAUCAGUCUUUGAGCAUUAUUCUUCUUGGUGAGUUCAAACUUUUCUCCUAUUUUAUGAUGAGUUGCUUGUGGAAACUCCUCAUUCUCAGGAGGCUCGGGGGUUGGACGCUGGGCCCAGGCUGGUCCAGAAGUUGAUGGGCUUUGGAGACCAUAGAUCUGCAAGACUUGUGGAAAAGAUCGCAGAGGAGGAAGUAGCUCAUGUCGCAGUAGGGUUAUACUGGUUUCUUGCAGUGUGUGAAGAAAUGGGUCGCCCGCCCUCUGCUGCGUUUAAGGGUUCCCUUCCUGAAGUCGAAUAAAUGCUUUAUCUAAUGUUUUAUCCCUUCUGGGUUUAUUUAUUUAUAUAUUUAUCUGUCUUCCCGGUUUGCUGUUCUUCAGACUUGUUGAAUGAACUGGGUGUGGAACCAAAGGGGCCAUUCAACUAUUUAGCCCGGGACGAAGCCGGCAUUCCUCGUGAAUGGUACCGAAGUUGAUGAUCGUGAGUCAGCUUAGUAUUUCCGUUUGGCAGUUGGCUCACGACUCUGUUCUUUCCAAAUCCAGGUAUGAAUUGUCCUCUGCUUCUGGGAGAAGAGCCGAUCUUUCUCAGGUAGGUUUAGCGUAUGCCCCCAUGAGGUUCCCAAAAGACUGUGCCCUUCAGUUCACAUUAUUAACUGAAGUUAUUCGGGGACCUAUUUUCUCAGGUCCAUGACAGGCUUUCCCGCAUUGUUGCCAUGGAGAAGGAAAACUCAAGAUUGGAGAGCUCGUCCCGGGAAAGGUCUUGUGAUACAGCAGACGGGAGCUCAUGA